CAGUACCCGACCUACCACCUGCAGGAAUAACAGCAAACGUUUCAUCUCCUACCUCAAUCACAGUGAGCUGGAAACCAGUCCCUCAGGGUUAUGAGAACGGCGUGGUACUGGGGUACAGAGUUCUGUUUGCUGCCGCAGCUAAGCCUAACGCAAAACAUAACUUUACCGUACAUUUCAAUAUCUCUGCUCUCGAAGGAUAUGGUUUGAUGAGGUUUACUAAUUAUUGUGUGCAAGCUUUGGCUUUCACGAAAUAUGGUGAUGGGAAAAUGAGUGACUGUCUGUACGUUUUGACUAAUAUGGGUGUACCAUCACUGGCUCCUUCCAAUCUCUCCUUCUUCAUCUCCGAUGGUAGCACUGUCAAUUUAUCUUGGCACUUAGUACCGGAAAGAGAAGAGGAGGUCCCGAUUGUAGGAUACGCAAUAUUUAUGAGCGGUUCUGAUAGUGGCGCCAUCAAGUUUGUAGCUCCAUGUGCCUCGUCUCUUCUGCUAAAGAAUGUUAGCUUCUCCGACGACACAUGCAUCCAAAUGGCUGCGUUAAGCAUAGAUGGAUCUGGCAUUUUAAGUGAUUGUGCAACUGGUUCAUGGAGAGGUAAGAGAAAAAUCCCAGUUUGGACUUAUACUACAAAGACAAUGAGUUCAUCUUCGAUUCAACUCAACCUGCGGAACGACACAGAAAAACAAACAAAUGGACCAUUGGAAGGUUAUUACAUCAAUUAUCAUGCUGUCAGAAGAGGAGGUGAACCAGUUCCUGACUUACUUUCAGAGCCAAAUCAUACGAUGACUGUCUGUGCUAGUGCUACGACAGUGAUUCUCACUGGCCUAACGAUUUACACCACGUAUAAGAUUGAGGUGGCCUUGAUAACAUCCAAGGGCACGGGAAAGUUCAGCGAGCCCUUAUACGCAGAGACUUGUCGAUGCAACGAGAACUUGAGUAUCUCCAUUGUUCCAAACUCCUUAGACACAUUAGGAACGGUCUCUCUCAGUCGAGUCAUCCGUGAUCUGGUAAACAGCACGUGUGGCAGAUGCGAUGCGUACAGGCACAACUAUUUGUCAUCUUCUAACAUCACACGGGAAGGCCAAAUUUCCUUUCCAGUGACAAGGACCCAGGCUAUUGGUGACACGGCCUAUAGCAAGUUUGUUCCAGUGAUAUCUGUACCUGGGUUUGUUGUUGUUAAAAGAAGAAACUCUCCCAUUCCUACACUUACAAAACUUCUAACAAACUCUAUCUUUGAGUCUUGGCCUGUUUGUGUAUUGGCUUUGCUGACGUCUCUUUUAGCGGGGAUAAUCAUUUGGAUUUUGGUAAGAUUCUUCAGUCUCACUGUUUAA